GGUGAAUCAUUUUAUACUAACGACGCGUACUCAGCAGUCCGUUUACCUACUACACAGUACAUGUAUAAUAUAAAAGCGAGCCCAUACUAAUAUCAUUGUAGUUUGUACUCGUUCUUGGUGAAAGGUUGUUGUGUUUACUUCGUUUUUAUCAGAACCUAAAGCUCUAAGAACAACAAUGGAGGUACAAUUUAAAGUCUUUACAUUUUGGAAUGAGAAUGAUAAGCCAGAAGUGCGAAGAUUUGGGAUAGAUAAAAGUGUUGUAACUAGCUUUCAGUACUUGAAUGCUAAGCUUCAAGAUGUUUUUCCUAAACUGAAGGGAAAAACAUUCUCCGUUCUAUGGAAAGAUGAAGAAGGUGAUGAUGUGAUGAUUUCAUCGGAUGAUGAAAUAAUGAUUGCACUGACAUCAAUGUCUGAUGAUCUUAAAAAGCUCUAUGUCUUCUGCAAAUACCCUCAGGAACAGCAUAAUGAGUGUGAUAUUGUUAUUACUGCAGUAGCUGAUAAUUCACAGGAAAACCCCUUAAUAGGCAGUAGCAAUAUUGUACACAAUGGUGUGGUGUGUGAUGGUUGCGACUCUCCAGUAACUGGUUUCCGCUACAAUUGCACUUACUGUGAUGACUAUGACCUGUGUUCCAAGUGUGAAGCAGCAGGAAUGCAUCCUGAACACUGCAUGGUGCGAGUACCAGUACCCUCUUUGCCUCGCCCCAUGAUCAAAGCUGCUGUAAAAAGGUCGCGUUCUUUCUUAAAGUCUUUACGCGCGGUUGAAGAGCAAUGCAAGAAACAACGUCAUGAGGGCGAAAAACACCGUGAGAAUGCCCAUGGUCAUGGUCAUGGUCACGGUCACGGUCAUCGUCGACAAGGACGUGAUGACCAACGCCGUAAGCAUAUCAGCUGGCUCGAUGUCGUUGCCUCAUACUUAAAUGAAUACUCGAACCUUGCUGGUGAUAUCGGACUAAACGCUGAAAAAAGUUCAGCUAACCAGGAAAAUGUUGGGCAGAACGCAUCAAAGUCCCAAGAAGCUACCUCUAGUGCUGCAUCAGGUGAAAACCCAAAACCUCCCCAAUGUCCCUUCUCAAGUGACAAAGCCAAUAUUGGAAAUUUUAUAAGGGAUUACAUGAAGGGAUUAGCCACGCCAUCAACAUCUAAGCAGGAUGUAGAAAUGGGGCACGGUGAUGGGAAGACAGAGAAAAAUGAAAAGUCUGAUGGGGUCAUAUCAAAAGCACCCGAAGAUUCUACGUCCAAGGCAGCUGAAAGCAAGAAAGAUGAAUCUCCUGAUAGAACUGAUGGCUGGACUGUGAUUAACAAAGAUGUGAUGGAAACAGAGCCAAAGGGGACGGAACCAGAACGUCCCAUUGGCUUUAACUUGCCCGAAGAGUUCCAAGAACGUGUGCGCAUUAACGAAGGGCAGAGUCUGUACCCGCCCCUUAAUACUGCGACUGCUGUGAUGAAUCCCAAAGAAGCUGCGAUGGAACAAGCAGCAAAGCCCAGUGCUCCUGAAGAACCUAAAAAGGAAACUGCAAAGCCUAAAGGUGCUGACUCGAAACCCAAGGAUGCCAAGCCUGAGACUGCUCCUCAUCCAAUUGCUCACAUUCAAGCAGCUCUAGACCAGAUGAUUUCAAUGGGUUUCACCAACGAAGCUAACUGGCUCACACAGCUCCUUGAGACCAAGGAUGGCAACAUCUCUGCAGUCCUUGACUUGCUUACUCCCACUAACCCUAAGAAGUAAAUGCCACUUGGCAUAUAAACUUUAUUAUAUUCCCAUAUUAUCUAUGCUUAUUCUAUUCCUAGAGUAACAUAUAAGUUAGGGUGCUUCUUAUGUUAUUCUUAAAUAAUGAGCGUACCCCUUUAUCUGGUUAACCAACGAAUGAAAAUUAAUUAAAAAGCAUUUUUGUGAAAAUUCCUUAAUUAAAUUCUAAAAAAGACAUGAAAAUAAAUAUUUUAUAAAUUUAAAAAAUACUUUUGCUAACAAAGUAGCUUUUUUUUAUAUCAGAAAAUGUGAAAAUUUUCACAGACAAGAAAUUCAUUGUUCGCCACAUUUUUUUCAAACUUUGUACACAGGGUAGCAACUCUUAAAAACUUAUACUUGUAGGUUCUUAGAUGCGAACGUCCGUCUGACGCAGUAAUUUUUUUGUUAAAUAAGAAGUAUCUUAAUUUAAAUAUUACAAAUUUGGAUACAUAAGUGGUUUGUAUAUUGAUAAUGUGUGUCAAAUUAAUAUCUGUUUAUUUGAAAACAAUUAUUUAAUUACAGAGUGUAAUUAUUGUAAAGCUCCAAUCAAAAAUUAUUUCAAUGCAAUUAAAAAAGAUAAAUUUAUUAUUGUUAUUAAUUUAAUUUUACUGUCACUUAUGUUUCAAAUGUUCUUGUAGGUUCAUUGUAUGGAUAUAAUCUUGCCUAAUAUCUUGCUUUUUAUUCCUUUAGAAUGGGAUGUUUUUAGUUGAAUAAUUUUAUUCUGACAAAAACAUUGUGAUAAGUGAUUGAUUACAGGACUGUAUUGUGAUAUUUGGUGGUGGAAACAUUAGUUUCUCUCUAUAUAAUCUAAUAAAGGUAUUUCAGGGAC